AACUUCAAUUGUUUUGGGUUUAAAGUGUGUGGUAUGAAAAUCGGACGUGGUAUUCACGUUCAUGCUGUGUGUGUAUUUGUUGUAGCUAUUAAGUAAACAGUAAACAGUUUCUUUGCUUGCGUUAUUUAAAUAUUUCGCAAUACCACAAAAUGGAAAACAGGAUUGAAUGUGAGGUUAAGACAGACAGUACACACCUACCGUUACCCAAAUCGAAGAUGCCUGAGUGUUGGAAUGAUGAUAUGAGAAUGGAUUAUUUAUUUUCACAUUUUCGUCCGCAUUCAGUAAAUCCUAUAGACUGGGAAUCAAAAAUGAAAUUUUGGACAGCUCUUUUGGAGGUAUGGUGUGUGGAGAAUAACAAACCAAUGUUCUCAUUAUCAGGUCUGAGAAAAGCUUUCCAGCGUAAGGGCAGAACCCCAGUUUGUCUGCCGACUGUGAUUGAAACCAUGCAUAGGAAUGGGUUACUUGUUGUGAAAGAAGAAUUCUUUCGUAUUCCUCCACAGCAAACGUGGACUGCAUGGACCAUUGAUCUGCUGAUCAAGAAACCUGUUUCAUGGACAUUUAACAAAGUUAGUAACUUUGUUUUCAACAGCAUGAAGAUGGUAUCAGAAGACAUACUGUAUGUUCACAUUGGAGCUUGCAAGGACCUGGGGAACAAGUUGCUGGCUUCAGUAAAUUGUAAUAGACUUAUAGAAUUGAAUGAGUUGGCAGUACUAUGUGGCCAGGAGGACUUAGAACAGUUGCAGGCGAUUGUUCAUGGACUGUGCCAGCAGGGGAAGGCUGCUAUUAAACAGGGAAAUGCUGUACUAAUCAAGUUGGGAGAUCCACACAUCAGUGAUCUGGAUGUUGGUGUGUACACCUUGCAGUGUAAUGAACAGACACUCACAAGACACAUCGAGCAGUUGGAGGCUGAGAAGCAAAUGGCAAUGCAAGAGGCGAGGAUGUAUAUAUCAAAAAAUAUGAAACAGGCAGCUCGGAACUGCCUGAGGAAGAAGCAUGUCCUGGACAGCUGUACGGACAAGCGAACUUCUGCUCUCGACAACAUCCACUUGUUACUGACCCGCCUACAGGAAGCCAAGUCUGAUGUCAAGGUUCUGGAGGCCUACAAGCUUGGGGUGGCAGCUCUUAAAUCAACCUUGAAGGGAUCUGGACUGACAGAAGACAGUGCAGCUGAUAUCAUGGUCCAAGUGGAAGAGGUGCUGGAUGUGCACCGUGAGAUCCAGGCAACAUUGGCGCAGCCCUUGGAAGCAGAGGAUGGUCUGGAGGAUGAGCUGACACAGCUGCUUGUAUCUCAGGAUACACUGGAACAAGACCUGACAAAACUCUCCAUCAUUUCAGAUCUACCGGAACCCCCAGAUACCAUGCCUGCCAUUCAUCCUCCACAUCGGAAGCUGCCUAUUGUGGAACCAGCACUGUGACUGUCCACACACAUAAUUUAAAUUAAAUUUUGUUAUUGCUUUUGCUUGAUUAAUGGUGUCUUAAUAUGGGAGAAGCUCUUUUCCCAUAUAUAGAAUCUUAUUUGAAGUUUGGAGUAAGGGAUUUAUUUUGUGUGUAUUAUGAUUAAUUACUUAAGAUUGCAAAUUGUUACAAUUAACUCCCAGAAUUUAUACUCAUACCCAUAAGUACUCCAUUUUUUAAUUCACUGGUUACAGGUGCUGGAUAUGCAGUUUUGCAGUAUGCUUAGCCAUUUUAAAAAUUUGAAUCUACAAUAAAUGCUAUCUUGUUCCAUCUGUAAGAAGUUCUUCACAUAACAUAUGUACAAUGAUUUAAUUAAUAUAUUGUGGAACAUUUUAUAGAUUAAAAGUACAAAAAGUAGUAAGACGACAUUAAACAUUUUGAAAAAUAUCAGUGGAGUUGCUGCUAGCAUUUAUAUCAGAAGGUCGUCUGCUGGCCAUGGCCACCUGUGUAAGAGUUAAGUAGAUUUAACAGAACAGGCAAUUAGUGGUUAGGGUUGGACUCAAUAGAAAACACACAAUACCAGGAAGACUUCAUAUAAUGACAUUAAGCUUUAUAUAACAAAAUGUGGUUAUAUUGAUAAACAAAGAAAGAACAGAAAAAAUAAAUGAGAGGUGUAAGUUCUUAUAUUUUAGAAGUAAGGUAAAUUUUGUAAAAUGAGGAAUAUGCGUCUCCCGGAAGAGGAAAGGUAUUUCACAUUAAAGAUUACAAAGUA